AUGUCAGCUGCUCCUCAUGGACGCAAACUGCAGCAGCACUGACCCUUCGCUCCCCGCGUGCCGUAAGUUUUACACGCGGGAUGUGUUGCAUCGCGGGCCGCUGGGGGUUGCAUGGCUCUCGAGCUCCACGAGCGACGUGCUCUGUUGCGGGGUCUCGUGGUUUAUUAGGUGGUGGUGGUGAUGAUGAUGAUGAUGAUGAUGAUGAUGAUGAUGUUAAGAGGACGAAGGCGACUCCGCUGACACCGUCUUGAUUUGCAUGUAAAGGUUUAUUACAUCUGCAGGUCCGCUCGUGAGGGGGCGCGAGGCCAGUGACAAUCAGCCUUGACCGCCGACUCCUAAAUGAGGCGGUUGUUUUCCUAAGAAAUGUCACUAACGUAUGGUUUCAAUCACAAAGCGCUAACUCCCUUUUCAGACUGGGGGGGGGCGUCCUCUGAGGUCCCCCCAACCAAGGGGCCUCUAUGAAAACAUAUACAUUUAUCUCUGCAUGUUUAACCAUACACCUCGCAGGCCAAAUCCCCCCCCCCAAUGGCAUUGUGAUGGCCCCGUCCCUUCGCCCCUCUUACACUCGUUGAGACUGACACAAGUAUACACGGUGACCAGAUGCGCCGAACCCGGUCCCUCUCUCACUCGCUGCUCAGGUGAGGCGUCGCCGGGUCCGCUGGCCGUGGUCAUCAUCCCUUGUCUGUUGGCGCUCGGCACGGUUUCGGUGGUGGCUCUGAUUUUCUACAGCCUCCACAAGAACCAACGGAGAGCAGGCCGCGCCUCGUCUCAGCUCGCAAACGGCCAGCGGAGACCACCCCCGACUGCCGCCUCUGUAAGCGCUCCAAAGGCCCAGCGGGCUCUGCGUCCCUGGGAGAUCCCCGAGGAGUGUGUUCUCGAGGGACUCCAAUGGUGGCGGACGGGCCGCUACGGCCCCGUUUAUAAAGGUCUGCUGCGGAGGAGAGACGGUCCCUCCUCCGCCGUGGUGGUGAAGUCCCUUCGAGAUGGCCCCAACCACCCGGAAGCUAAGGAGUUCGUGGAGUGGCUCCUGUUCCACGCCGCCGUGUGUAAGCACGAGAAUGUGGUGCAGAUGUUGCACUGCCAGACCGAGCGUCCGCCCAUGUAUCUGGUCUUGAGCGCCUGCAGCCCUGGGAACCUCCUUCACUUCCUCUGGACGCUCCGAAAUAAGAAUCCUAACACUGCGGAUCCACUGCAGAACUUCUCCGAGAGGUCAGUGUUUCUGGUGGCAAAGCAGGUUGCAGCCGGCCUGGAUUACCUGGUGUCAGAGCACAGGCUGGUGCACGGCGAUGUUGCCGCCAGGAACAUCUUAAUUGGCCCCGGCCUCUCAGCCCGGGUGUCUGGGCUGGGCGCAGCGUUUGGCGGACGCGCAGCGGACUCCGCAAUUAGGCGGAGGGCGGCGGAGGUGCCGCUCAAAUGGCAGGCUCCAGAGAGGAUUAUGAUGCGGCUCAGCAUCGACAGGAGCGACGUGUGGUCGUUUGGAAUCCUACUGUAUGAACUGGUUACCUUAGGCUCACCUCCGUACCCUGAGCUAGAGCCUCUGUCCGUCCUUCCAAAGCUUCGGGGGUAUUAUCGAAUGAAGAGACCAGGGAAUUGCGGAACACAUUUGUAUGACCUGAUGAAGUACUGCUGGAUGUGGAGUUUCAAAGACCGACCCGCCUUCUCAGCCGUCGCGAAGCUGCUGGAGUCCUCACUGCACCUGGCGGCCGUUAAGCCCCUUCACGUUCCUGAGGUCAUAGACCUGCUGGAGUAUAGCCGAAAGGCGGGACUGCUCCCGUAAUCUCACGUACAACCACAUAUGCCAACGCCCACUAAAAAGGAAAUGGACGGCGCGUGCUGUAAAGUUUGGUUAUCCCUCGGGCUUUAAGUAUUUUUGACCGUCUUCCAUUCAAUUUGUACACUGGCAACUCUCACAUAAAAAAUAACUAUGUGACUAAAAGUUUUACAGUCAAAUGUUGACGCAUCAAAAACACCACAAGCAAGUUGUUCCACUUUUCUCUUUAU